CUGCCUAGCAAAGAGCCAUUUGCAUCAAGGAACUGAUGGCUGCUGCCCAGAUCACCUCCUUGUCCUUCUCCGUCCAGCCAAUAAUGUUCCAUUCGGCUUCGCCGGUGGCCGGAAACGGUGGCCGGAGAGGCCGUCCAAAUGCUUUCUUCUGCCCUUGGGCGCCGGUGAUCUGCCAUGGGCGACGGGGGGCCACGUCCCGUGCGCUGUCCGAUAACUGUGACUUCCAGAAUUUGCUCUCCGUGCAACACCAAGAAGGCCUAACAGGUGUGCAAGCGUUGUUCCUUCGGCACCCAAAAAGCAGCAGCGGCAUGAUGACCAUUGUUGAUCACCUCAAACACCUCUGCAUUGACCAGUAUUUCCAAGACGAGAUCAGCAAUGUCGUGGAUUCAUGCAUGGAUCUCACACAUAGUGAUAAUCUCCUCGAUGUAACCCUUUCCAUGAGGCUGAUGAGGGAAGCUGGAUAUCAUGUUUCAGCUGGUCAGCAAACUAUAUUUUACAUAUUUUUACAAAAUAGUGUGAGUGGCAUAAUAACAUAGGUGUAGCCAACUCCAGAAUAAAAUAUAUUGUCUUCCUUAAGCAGAUUAUCCCAGAUAUUUUUUUUCAUUAUAUGUACUUGCCUGAAAACCCUUCUCCUCACCGCGGCAGAUGAGGUUCUUCAAAAGUUUGCAGAUGGUAAUGGUGAUUUCAGCCUAGCUCAUAGCCAAGACAUCAGAGGAUUGCUGAGCUUGCAUGAUGUGUCACACCUCAACAUGGGAGAAGCUUCGCUCUACAAGGCAAAGGAGUACUCAGGCAAACACCUUAGAUCUACACUGAAGUACUUGGAGCCAAAGCUUGCAAGAUAUGUAAGGCAAUCACUAGACCAUCCAUAUCAUGUCAGCCUGAUGCAGUACAAGGCCAGGCACCACCUGAGCUACCUCCAGAGCUUGCCCACUAGGAACACUGCAAUUGAGAAGCUGGCAGUUGCAGAGUUUCAGAUUAACAAGUUUCAGCAUCAGAGGGAAAUGCAAGAGG